GGCACAGUGUAGAGGCCGCACCGACCGGAAAGCCGGGGUCUGGUGGAGCGGAGGACCGGAGCAAUGGCGGCCAGGGCGGCGGGCAGCGGGGGCUGGGAGGUGGUGAAGAAGGGCCGGCGACCUGGAGCAGGCGGCGGCGGGGACCGCCGAGCGCUCGGGGAGGCGAACGGAGUGUGGAAAUACGACCUGAGCCCUCCAAUCCAGACCACAAGCACCCUUUAUGAGCGGGGCUUUGAGAAAAUCAUGAAGAAGCAGAAUAAGGAACAAGUUCCACCCCCUGCUAUGGAGCCUAAGAAACAAGUGAACAAGAAGCCACCAAAGAAGGUGGCAACUGUCACUAACCACAACCAGAGGCAAAGUCCCUUCCGCAGCCUGGAGGAUGCUCUGAAAGCUCUGGAUGUGGCAGCUCUGCAGAAGGAACUGGACAAGAGUCAGAGUGUGUUCACUGGGAACCCUUCUGUGUGGCUGAAGGACCUGGCCAGCUAUCUCAACUACAAGCUACAGGCUCCACGGAGUGAGCCCACUCUGAGCCAGCAUCCACAUGAUUAUCCCUACAGCCUGGUGAGCCAUGAACUUCGUGGGACCAUUCGAGGGCUUCUGAUCAAGGCAGCAGGAUCUGUGGAACUCUUUUUUGACCACUGUCUGUUUACCAUGCUGCAAGAGUUGGAUAAGACACCAGGGGAGUCGCUACAUGGAUACCGCAUCUGUAUUCAGGCCAUUCUGCAAGACAGGCCCAAGAUUGUCACCUCAAACCUGGGCAAGUUCCUGGAACUGCUGAGGUCCCACCAGAGCCGACCAGCAAAGUGCCUGACCAUCAUGUGGGCCCUGGGGCAAGCAGGUUUUGCCAACCUCACCGAGGGACUGAAAGUGUGGCUGGGGAUCAUGCUGCCUGUGCUGGGCAUCAAGUCUCUGUCUCCCUUUGCCAUCGCAUACUUGGACAGGCUGCUCCUGAUGCAUCCCAAUCUCACCAAGGGCUUUGGCAUGAUUGGGCCCAAGGACUUCUUCCCACUUCUAGACUUUGCUUAUAUGCCCAACAACUCCCUGACCCCCAGCCUGCAGGAACAGCUGUGUCAGUUCUUCCCCCGACUGAAGGUGCUGGCCUUUGGGGCGAAGCCAGAAUCUACCCUACAUACCUACUUCCCUUCAUUCCUGUCAAGAGCCACCCCUAGCUGUCCUGCUGAGAUGAAGAAAGAGCUCCUGGGCAGCCUGACCCAGUGCCUGACUGUGGAUCCUCUCAGCACCAGCGUCUGGAGGCAGCUGUACCCCAAGCACCUAUCACAGUCCAGCCUCCUACUGGAGCACCUGCUCAGGUCCUGGGAGCGGAUUCCCAAGAAGGUGCAGAAGUCUUUGCAAGAAACCAUUCAGUCCUUCAAGCUUGCCAACCAGGAGCUGCUAAAGAAGGGCAGUGGUAGCAACGAGCAUGUUGUCACCUGUGACACAGCCUGCAAGGGCUUGUUGCAACAGGCUCGGGGCCCUCAGCCACCCUGGACCCGGCUACUCCUGUUACUGCUGGUCUUUUCCAUGGGUUUCCUAUGCCAUGACUUCCAAUCGCACAGCUCUUUCCAGGCCUCCCUCACUGGCCAGUUGCUUCAAUCGUCUGGUUUCUUGCCUGCUGGCCAGCAAGUGUGUGCCAAGCUCUACUCCUACAGUCUGCAAAGCUACAACUGGCUAGAGGAGACAUUGCCGGCCUGCAGUUCUCACUUGCUUACCAUGGUACAGCCCGGCUUGCAGCUGGCGUGGGCCCACACCAAUGCCACAAUCAGCUUCCUUUCUGCUCACUGUGCUUCCUACCUUGCCUGGUUUGGUGACAGCCUCACUAGCUUCUUGCAGAGGGUCCAGCUUCCUGAUGCCCUGCACCAGCUGCUGCACUCCUUGAAGGAGCUGUUACUGCUCUUCCACCAGAGUGUGCUGCUGCCCAUGUGGCACCUGCUGCUUGUGGCCCUGGCCCGGGCCCAAGAGUACUGUCAUGAGGCCUGCAGAGGGGAAGUGACCUGGGACUGCGUUAAGACACAGUUUGGUGAGGCUGCCCGCUGGACCUGGCUCUGUCUACAGGACAUCACAGUGGCUUUCUUGGACUGGGUACUCACUAUGAUAUCCCAGCAAUAGGUCCUGCUUGCCUGGCCACUGGCUUCUGUUAUGGCAAGCCAUCUGAGACUGCUGGAGGGUAGAGAUGGCAGCUCUGUUUUUACUUGGUGCCAAAGUUCCAUCUCGUAGGCAACAAGCUAGUUGCCUCUGCCCCAGAUCUUCCAUCUUUCGGGGGACGGGGCCAGAGGUCUCUCAGCUUCCUGCCUCCAGGUCUGCUGGGCACCUCAGGUCCAACUGCACAGCUGCCAGCUUCCUUUGGGCUGGUAGCCUCCUCACCACUUCCCUCCAUCUCAUCCCUAAAACCCUUCUAUUUCCCUCCAUCUCAUCCCUAAAGCCCCCAACAGCUCAUUUCCAAAAAGAAGGGCCUUCCAGUGAGGUUAGUAGCUUUUUCCCAUUCCUGAUCAUAACUUAAGAGUUGCAGAAGAGUCCAGUACCACAGUUUGUGGCAGCAGCAUCACUUCUCUCAGCCUCAGUGUGACCCUCAGUAGACAUGUAGGCCUCAUGGAAAUGCCUGUUACCUCAGAAUACCACAACUACCGAAUCUUCUGAGACCACUUGGACCUAGCUCCAUCCAUCAGAGUCCUGUUGGGACUUCAUGCUGGGAGUUCUGCCUCACAGUUCAGCACCUCUGUCCAUGCCACUGUCCACUCGGACAGCAGAGCCCUUCCGUCAGCCUGUUGAGAGGAGUCACCGAAGAGCUCCUGGGUGCACCUAGCAGGUGGAAUAAAGAUCACAGAUUGGGCUUCUAGCUUUCCUUUCUGCAUCCUUAUAUGGAAUUCCCAUUGUUACAGGACAGAACAGCAGAAUUUUGGGCCUCGGCCCUGAGUAUUGCAGCUAUGAUUUUCUAGCAAGGAAAGCCAUAUCUGUCAUGCAAAACUAGGCUCCCCUUUUGCUCCAUUAAUCUUGUCUGACUUGUUACCGAUUCCUGUCCCAAGAUUCACCCCUAUGUGAUUGGAAAAGCAGGGCCAAAGCUGAAUGGUCUCCCAGUCUUUUACUUCCUAGGACUUUAAUUUAUUAAUUGAUCCUUUUAUUAAAUCAGUGAGUGAAAGAUUUGGAA